CAUAAGUUUCCAGAAGUAGUUGGAUUUAAUUGUACUUAUAAAACGAAUAGGAUAAGGCAAGUGACAGUACAAGAAGGUUCAUUUCUUUUUCUAAAUUAUCAUAGAUGGUCUUUUCAUCAGUUUGUUGUGACUGAUAGACUUGGAAGGGAAAGGACUGUUCUUUUGCCCUUACUAGGAUGGAAAGGUUUGCAGAUAUCAAAGAGAUCUUCCAAACAUUUCGGAGAUUUAUGACUGAUACAUCCAAAACGGUCACAUUCACUGUCAACUGUGAAGCUGCACAGAUGAAUGCUCUGAAGGAGAAAUUUCCCCGAUGCAAAACUGUUUUAUCCCUUUUCCGUGUAUGUCGGGUGUUCAAACGGAAAGUAAGUUUCGUUCUCAUUAGUGAACAUGACUAAAAC